UUCGUUAUAUAAAUAAUAAAUAAUAACAAUAAAAUACAAUAUACGGCAAGAAAUUUCUUUGAACAUUAAUAUAACAGUGUAAAAAUUAAAAUUUAUUUAUAAAAUUAAAAUAUUUCAUAAUGGCAGAAACUGUUUUAAGUUCUGGUGAAAAAAUAUUCAUACUUCAUGGAAUAGAUGCAGACUUUAGAAAUGAUGGUAGACGACGAUGUGAAUAUCGAUCAAUGGAGAUUGAAACUAAAUUAAUGCCACAAACGCAUGGAUCAGCAAGAUUACACAUAGGAAAUACAGAUAUACUUGUUGGCAUUAAAGUAGAACUUGAUAUACCUCACGCUGAUAAACCAAAUGAAGGAAAAUUAGAAUUUUUUGUUGAUUGUUCUGCUACUGCAACUCCUGCAUUUGAAGGAAAAGGUGGUGAUGAUUUAGCGACUGAAAUAAGCAAUGUUUUAACAGCUGCUUACCAAACACGUAAUGCUUUUGAUUUAAAAACACUAUGUAUUUUACCUCAUAAAAAAUGCUGGAAAAUAUAUGUUGAUGUUUUGAUUCUUCAAUGUGGUGGCAAUCUUUUUGACGCAGUAGGAAUUGCAGUUAAAGCUGCAUUAAAUAGCACAGAAAUACCAAAAAUUACAGCUGCAACUCUUGAUGGUGGAGAACCAGAUAUUGAGUUAUCAGAUGAUUCAUAUGACUGCAUACAAUUGGAUACGAGUAAUUAUCCGAUUAUUAUAACACUGUGUAAAAUUGGCGAUAAUUAUAUUGUAGAUCCAACCUUGGAAGAAGAAGUGUGUAGUACAAGUAGUAUUGUUAUGUCUAUACUACCAAAUGGUAAAAUUUCAUCAGUAGUUAAAUUGGGUUAUGGAAGCAUUCAAUUUAACACAUUUACCAAAAUGUUAUGGGUGAAAUUAUAGGAUUAAAAUUGAAUAAAACUCUCAUGGAUGUACUGAAAGAAGAAACUCAAUUUGGACGACAAAGACGGAUAUUUGGAUUUCUUAAAUAAAUAUCUCUAACAAAUAUAA